AUGUCCAGCAACGAUUACUACAAUAACAACAAUAACAACGGUGGCUACGGCGGUAACGACGGCUACAACAAUAACAACAACAACAACAACUACAACCAAGGUGGUUACGAUAACCAGAGUGGUCCCGGCGGUGCUCAAGAUGGUGAACGUGGAUUCCUUGGUGGUGUUGCCGGUGCUGCUGCCGGUGGUUUUGCUGGUAACAAGCUUGGUGAUGGUUCCAAGCUGGCGACUCUUGGUGGUGUGAUUGCUGGUGCCUUUACUGGUUCUAAGCUCCAAGACAAGGGUGAGGAAGCUUACCACCACCGUAAGGAUCAGAAUGAAUACAAGAAGCAACAAGAACAAUAUGGUUACAACAAUAACAACAAUAACAACCAAGGUGGCUAUGGUGGUAACAAUGAUCACGGCCGCAGAGAUUUCGGUGGCAACAAUGAUGGUCCUGGCCGUUUUGAUGAUAACCGUGGUCCUGGUGGUCCCGGUGGUCCUGGUGGCUUUGGUGGUCACGGCGGUCCUGGUGGUCCCGGUGGUCCCGGUGGCCCUGGCGGUCCUGGUGGCUACGGUAACCAGGGCGGUUAUGAUAACAACAACAACAACCGCAACGACAGAUGGUAA